AACUAUUUGGUGAGCAGAGCACGUUGUGUUCCAUUUUAUUAUCGAAACUCAAUGGCGGAUGGUAUUGUUAUAGCGUGGUGAUUGUGUCGUUUGUGUUUUGUGCAGAAUUUAGCAUAAUUGUUUGGGAUUCACAUUUUUCUAAACCAAUAUGUAUCAACCCGAUUUGUAUAAAACUGAUACCAGUAUGUAUAUUGAAUUCCUCAGACACUUCGACUCUUUCUAUGAAGAACUUUUCCAAUACGCCGGUCAAGCAGCUCUCUACAGUUUCGACGUUUCGAAAAACGUUUGGGAAAAAACCUCUGCAGAAGGUGCUAUGUUUGUUUACCGUAGGAAAGCUGAAAACCCGCACAACAUACUUAUUGUGAACAAAUUGCACAAACCUAAGGUAAAUUUUAUUGAGCCGAUAGUUCCAGGAGUGGAAAUACAUAUGGAAUGUCCAAAUAUUCUAUACAAAACAUUAGAAGGUAAAAUUUAUUGCUUUAUUUUCCAAGAAAAGAUUGAAUGCUGUAAAAUACACCAGGCCCUCAAAAAUCUUACAACAGCCUGUGACGAUCCUAAGCAGAAAGGUGCAACUGCUCCUGAAGAUCCACUUUCGAUGAUGACUAGGAUUGAUGAACAGUAUAACAAAUCAAAAAUUACCGAUAAAGAUAAAACAGCUUUAUUGACCAGGAAGGCUCAAGAAAUGUAUAACAGCUCAAAGACGAAUGAAGAUGCAAAUGCAGAUGAUGAUACGCCGAAAAGUGUCAAGGAGUUUUUCUUCAAGGCAUCGCAAGGAACACAUUUCCGUAAUGGCCAGCAACCUCAGAUACCAGAUUUCAUGGGCGCCGUUGGUCCCCAACCUCCAAUUCCUCCUCACGGAAUGGGAGCUUUGUCUGAACCUAAGCUUAUAUCCACUCAACCGAAAGCAAUACCUUCUCAUGGAAUGGGUCCGCUGCAUGGACCAAUGAAUGCACAACCAAACCCAAUGCCUCCUCUUGCAAUGAGACCGCGUCAAGAACCGAUAACAGGACUACAACAGAAACCAAUGCUUCCUCUUGCAAUGAGACCGGUCCAAGAACCGAUCACAGGACUACAUCAGAAACCAAUGCCUCCUCUUGCAAUGAGACCGCUCCAAGAACCGAUUACAGGACUUCAACAGAAACCAAUGCCUCCUCUUGCAAUGAGACCGCUCCAAGAACCGAUUACAGGACUGCAACAGAAAUCAAUGCCUCCUCAUGGAAUGAGACCGUUGUCGGAACUGGAUGAACUCACUGAGUUCAACACAUUUCAGGAAGCAAUCACUUCAACGCGUUUCAAAACCCAGCAAGAGCUAUCCGAAUGUGUGCAUGAACACCUACAAUUUGUCGAGAAAAAUCACAAGUCGGCUAUUCCUCAACAGCUGCUACCUUCAUUUUUUGAUCUUCCAAAACAUCAGAAUUUGAAGACCGAGGAUCCUCGUAUCAAAACUGCAUCAGAGCCUACAGUGAACGUCCAGGAAACUCGAAAAAGUUUUGAUUCUAUGUGUCUCUCCGAUACAAUUUCGUCUUCAGUGGACCAUUCAGCAUUUCCUGAAUACAACAAACUUAAAUCACGUCUGAACAGAUUUCUUCCGACGAUUCCAACAAUGGAAGAUCAGCCCUUAUUUAACGCAAGAGAGCCUGCUCUGCAAAUAUCCGAUGGCACACUGAUGACUCCCACGAUGCUUACAAGACUGACUAAAACGAAGAAGGAUGCUGGGGCUCAGCCAGAGUCGGCCAGUCCAAUGGAACCUCUCUCGCAGGAUCAACUUCUACAAGCUCUUAAUUACCUCCUGAAAAGUGAUCCUCUCUUCAUUGGAAGAAUUCAUGAGGCCUACAUAUUAUGCUCCAAAUCCUAAACCUAAAGACAAUAUUUUGGGCACUACGAGAUUGUAAAGGUUGGCAACGUUAGUAGUGUGAAAAAAGUUCCCUCUCACGUUAAAGAACCGGAUUUUUUCGUCAAGAAGCCAACCUACCCCGAUUUGAAAUCAAAUGAAGAAAUACGAAGAAUGAGACGAUCCUGUAAACUCGCCAGUUACAUUCUCGAAACUGUUGGUGAUGAUAUUAAGGUACACUAUAAUUUUAAAGCUUGAUGAAGUCAAUGUACUUUUAAGUUUUUUACCGGAUUGUGAUACUUUUCUAUUAGAAAUCAUAAUCUCUAAAAAUAUUUUGUGUCCUUCCUAUGUGAAUCUAUAGUUCACCUUGUAUUUAUCAUAUGAUCUCUUGAAUGUUAUUUCUUAAAUGUUAAUAUUUAGUGUUUUCAAAAGAGUCUCUUAUGAAUUAGUCUAAUUCAUGUAAAUGUCGCAUUUCAUUAAGAGAAUAUUCAUUGAAAUAUUCAUUGGGCUGGUCCCCAUUGGAAGGCUGGGCAGCUGAACAAUGGAAUGUUACCAUCUUGAUAACUGAUCUCGCUGAGCUAUAUUCAAUAUGGUAAUUUUCAAUAUUAUGUUAUCCGUAUUGUAAAGUUAUAUAUUAACACUUGUAGACUUGUAGUUGAAGCCCUUAAAUCUUACCUUACUUUGUUUGACUACAAAUAUGUAUAUAUAUUUGAGAUAUGAUACUCUCAUAUAGUCUCAUGAUGCCAAAUAUUUAUCUGAAACAGUUGUUUGGCUCAUUAUGGUUCAUUAAAUUUCAAUGUUUGAUGAAUUCGAAGUUGUUUCAAGAGAUUAUCAUACCAAGCCAUGUUUUUUUUUCAUUUUUGACAUUUUUAUUCACAGUUUGUAUUUUUCUGAUUUCAUAGUUGAAUGCAAAUGUGGUAUCCAAUUUAUUAUUUCUAUCUCAGUGGUCCGCCACCUGAGAUGAUUGUAUUUAUGGGUUAAUGUUCCUAUCAGAUUAAUUCAAUAAGUAAACGACUCGAGACCCUUGAAAGUGAAUGCAAAAAUAUAUUGGUUAUGGAGCUUCUCUUAUGAAUCCAUUCAUAGUUAUAAUAACUUACGUUUUUGCAAAGUUCAUUUAUAUCAGAAAUAUAAUAUUAUAUAUAUCAUUAUAUCAGAAAUAUUCUUUGAUAGUAUUUUCAUUUUAGUCGCCCCUCAUCUGAGAAAAUAUUAAAAAAGAAAUUGCAUUAACUAUUAUAAUGCUCUUAUGAAUUUAGUUAUUUCAAUGAGUUGACUUUCUGAGGCCCGAUAUCGGAAAUAUACUUUGAUAGUAUUUUCAUUUUAGUCGCCCCUCAUCUCAGAAAAUAUUAAAAAAGUAAUUGCAUUGCAUCUUAUGAAUUUUGUAAUUCUAUAAGUGAACGACUUGAGACCCUUGAAAGUGAAUGCAAAAAUGUAUUGGUUUUGGGAUGAUUCCAUUCAUAGUUAUAAUAACUUACGUUUUUGCAAAGUUCAUUUAUAUCUGAAAUAUAAUAUUAUAUAUCAUUAUAUCAUAAAUAUUCUUUGAUAGUAUUUUCAUUUUAGUCGCCUCUCAUCUGAGAAAAUAUUAAAUAUGUAAUUGCAUUUCUAUUAUAAUGAUCUUAUGAAUUUAGUAAUUCUAUAAGUAAACUACUGAAACCCUUGAAAGUGAAUGCAAAAAUGUAUUGGUUUUGGGGGUUCUCUUAUGAAUCCAUUCAUAGUUAUAAUAACUUACGUUUUUGCAAAGUUCAUUUAUAUCAGAAAUAUAAUAUUAUAUAUCAUUAUAUCAGAAAUAUUCUUUGAUAGUAUUUUCAUUUUAGUCGCCUCUCAUCUGAGAAAAUAUUAAAAAAGAAAUUGCAUUAACUAUUAUAAUGCUCAUAUGAAUUUAGUUAUUUCAAUGAGUUGACUUUCUCAGGCCCGAUAUCAGAUAUAUACUUUGAUAGUAUUUUCAUUUUAGUCGCCCCUCAUCUCAGAAAAUAUUAAAAAAGUAAUUGCAUUGCAUCUUAUGAAUUUUGUAAUUCUAUAAGUGAACGACUUGAGACCCUUGAAAGUGAAUGCAAAAAUGUAUUGGUUUUGGGAUGAUUCCAUUCAUAGUUAUAAUAACUUACGUUUUUGCAAAGUUCAUUUAUAUCUGAAAUAUAAUAUUAUAUAUCAUUAUAUCACAAAUAUUCUUUGAUAGUAUUUUCAUUUUAGUCGCCUCUCAUCUGAGAAAAUAUUAAAUAUGUAAUUGCAUUUCUAUUAUAAUGAUCUUAUGAAUUUAGUAAUUCUAUAAGUAAACUACUGAGACCCUUGAAAGUGAAUGCAAAAAUGUAUUGGUUUUGGGGGUUCUCUUAUGAAUCCAUUCAUAGUUAUAAUAACUUACGUUUUUGCAAAGUUCAUUUAUAUCAGAAAUAUAAUAUUAUAUAUCAUUAUAUCAGAAAUAUUCUUUGAUAGUAUUUUCAUUUUAGUCGCCUCUCAUCUGAGAAAAUAUUAAAAAAGUAAUUGCAUUAACUAUUAUAAUGCUCUUAUGAAUUUAGUUGACUUUUUGAGGCCCGAUAUCAGAAAUAGACUUUUUGAGGCCUGAUAUCAGAAAUAUACUCUGAUAGUAUUUUCAUUUUAGUCGCCCCUCAUCUCAGAAAAUAUUAAAAAAGUAAUUGCAUUUCUAGUACAAUGCUCAAGAAUUUAGUAAUUUCAAUGAGUUGACUUUUUGAGGCCCUUCAAACUUAUAUAAAGUUAUUUUUGACAAUGUUAUUCACAGUUUGUAUUUUUCUAUUAAUCAAGUUAUUGUUAUUCUAUUAUAUUUAACAAGUUCGUCUAUAUUCGAACUUGUACAAGAUGUUUAUUGUCUCAACAUUUAGAAAUGUAUUUGAGAAUGUUCUUAUUCAAAUCAACUUAGUUACUCCAAUUUUUGUUUAUCAACACAUCAAUAUCACGAAUAUUAUUGUUCAUGUUUAAUAAAUAAAACAAUUGAAUCUUGAUUUCUCAUUCCGCUGAGCAAUACUAAGCUUAUUGUAAUUGUACCUGUUCUGAGUUUCCUUCAAAAUGGCUUACUUUUCAGCUUAUCAUUUCAGUUAUUCUUUAUUGGCAGGCUUUUAGAGACAGUUUCAUCCCACCUGAGUGUAUUUCAUGUCACAUUUUUUACAAUAUGAUAAUAUCCUUCAAGUCAGUUGAUAAGAUCACGUCUUAUGAAUGAUAUUUAUAAUGUUCAAUGUUAAAAUUAAUACGAUGUUGUAAACCUUGCUCCAUUCCAUAAAAAAUAAAUGGUGAUUACAAUUAUAAGAUUACUAUCUGUGUUUAUAAUCUAAGAUUAUUUGAAGUCAUUCGUUGAAUUAUCUGGAAAGUAAUUCCAUUAUUAUAUUCGUGUUUGUAAUAAUAUCUAUAUUUGAUGUUGUUGAAUAAAGGAAAUCGUCAUUGUA